AGAGGAGCGGCUGCUCUGCCGCCCAGACCAGCCCCGACGCUCGCCCGCAACUCAACUUUCCUGCACGGUGCUCCUGGCCCUGGACAUCUGCCUGCCAGACCCUGCCGGACCCUGCCAGACCCUGCCAGACCCUGCCAGACCCUGCCAGACCCUGCCGGACCCUGCCAGACCCUGCCGGACCCUGCCUGCUGCAAGCCCCUGUGCAGGGGAGACUUUCUUGGCAGUGCUGUGGGCACUGUCCUCUCUGCCCAGCGCUGUUGGGUGCCACAUGAGUGCUGGGUGCCAUAGACAGGCAGCCACAUCCCCCUGAGUGACCCCAGGGUCUGGCCAGGGUCUCAUCCUGUCCUGCCAGACCCCUCAGUUUGGGUGAUGCUGCCCCAGGCCUCUGCUCACACCUCCUGAAGACCAGUGCCACCUCCAGCUGGGUAGCACAAUGGGUGCCAGGGUGGUUCUGGACAUCACAGGUGACAGGGUGACAUGGGACAUGGCCCAGCCCAGCGCUGGGUCCCUGCGUGGUGAGCAGCCAUCCCCAGCACCCAGCCCGGCAGCCUGAGGGGCUCCCCAACACCAUGGCCUCUGCCUGAGCCUCUGGCUGCUGGUGGCACUGCCGAGGAGAAGGAAGAUGCCAACACCCCUCCGGCACUGCCUGUCCCGUGGUCCCCCUCACCCAGGUGUGACAGCCACCGGAGCCGAGCCAUGGAUUCCUUCUGCUUCGUCUGCUUCCAGAAAGAGGAGCUGCAGCCCCUGCACCUGCACAGCGCAGCCAUGAGCGCGGGUUCGAUUGAGCAGGAGCCGUCCCGCAAGCUGGCGUGCUGCGGGGUGCCCCUCAUCACCGAGGACAUGCAGUCCCUGGCCAUCCGCACCCUCUCAGGCACUGACAUCAGCAAGCACUACGACCUCAUCCGCGAGCUUGGCAAAGGCACCUAUGGCAAGGUGGACCUGGUGUCCCACAAAAGCACAGGCACCAAGAUGGCCCUGAAGUUUGUCAACAAGAGCAAGACGAAGCUGAAGAACUUCCUGCGGGAAUUCAGUAUCACCAACACGCUCUCCUCCAGCCCCUUCAUCAUCAAGGUCUUCGACGUGGUCUUCGAGACCGAGGACUGCUACGUCUUUGCUCAGGAGUAUGCCCCCGGCGGGGACCUCUUUGACAUCAUCCCGCCGCAGGUGGGGCUCCCCGAGGAGCUGGUGAAGCGCUGCGUGCAGCAGCUGGGCCUUGCCCUCGACUACAUGCACAGCAAGAGCCUGGUGCACCGGGACAUCAAACCGGAGAACGUCCUGCUCUUCGACCGCGACUGCCGCCGCGUCAAACUGGCCGACUUCGGCAUGACCCGCAAGGUGGGCUGCCGGGUCAAACGCAUCAGCGGCACCAUCCCCUACACGGCGCCCGAGGUCUGCCAAGCCGGGCGGGCCGAAGGCUUCGCCGUGGACACCAGCAUCGACGUCUGGGCUUUCGGGGUGCUCAUCUUCUGCGUCCUCACCGGGAACUUCCCCUGGGAGGCGGCGGCGGCUUCCGACGCCUUCUUCGAGGAGUUUGUGCGGUGGCAGAAGGGGCGGCUGGCGGGGCUGCCCUCGCAGUGGCGACGCUUCACGGACAGCGCCCUGCGCAUGUUCCAGCGCCUUCUCGCCCUCGACCCCGAGAAGCGCUGCCCGGUCAAGGAGGUUUUCUACUUCCUCAAGUGUGACCUGAUGGCCGAGGUGCGGCGCAGACCUUCCUACCGCUCCCGCAAGCACGCCGGGGACAAGCUGCCGGCCGGUCCCCAUCGCCACGAGGUGUCCGGCUCCUGCACCCCUGCCCCGCUCAAGAGGACCGUCCUGACCGAGGGGAGCGGAGCCCGCGGCUCCGAGCCCGGCGUGGGCCCCCCGGGGACGGCCGGCAGGACAGAGGGACGGCAGGACAAAGGCAAAGGGCAGAUGGUCCUGGCCACAGCAAUAGAGAUCUGCGUCUGACGGCGCUGGGGUGGCACGGGGCAGCUGCCUGUCCUGGCCCCCUGCCCUGGCGAGGGGUUGCUUGUGGUGGUGGCAUGAGCCAGGACCAGGCUCUGGGUCUCCCAAAGCAAAGAAAAAAAAAAAAAAGAAAAAAAAAAAAAAAAAAAGAAAAAGAAAAAAGAAAAUCAAACAAAAACAACGAAAAGAAAAAGAAACAAAAAUGAAGAGGAAAAGGACAAAACUGGUUGCGCAAGGAUGCUGAGACCUCCACCCCGCCUGGGAGGGAGCCCUGCCGAGGGCACCCCUCACAGCUGGGGAGGACAUCAGUGUUCCUGGGCCCUGCCAUGACCACUUUGCCCUCUCCAAGGUCCUCCCCCCAGGAUGGCAUGGGGAGGGGUCUUCUCCCAAUACAGGGAGGUUGAGCUGGGGGAGCUGUGUGGGUGAGGGGUCUGGGGAAGCCAGCUCCCACCGGCUGUCCCCUGCCGCAUGCUCAGCCCCCACAGGGGUGAGGGAAGGCCGAUGACCCCGCAGUAUGGAGGAGGCCUUUGGGGGGGGUUGGGUGGGUGGGAUUUGCCCCAUUCCACUGGUCUCUGCCCCUCCAGCAGUGACCAGGAAGGGAUAGAGGGGUGGGUGCUGGGCUGGCCAUGGGGAGCUGGGGAGUUGCCGGCAACCCGGGACCCCCGGCAGCCCCAGCUGCCACAGGAGGUGCUGGCAGCCAUCGAUGUAGCAAGUGUCCCUGUCUGUGUGUUGUUGUGUUUCCCAGGCACAGCCAGACCCCGUCCCCCUGCCCUGCCACACACCAGCCCCAGACCCUGGCCGGAGGAACAGGGCUAUCCGGUGGGUGGGAUGCUCAGGGCCAAGCUGGUUCUGCCGUGGUGGCACUGCCAUGUCCCCUCUGCAGACUUUUUGUACCCAGGGACUUAAAAAGGUGGUGGAGGCACCAGGGUAGGAGCUGGGGAGCAGGGGAGGGGACUUCAAGCAUCCUUCCAAGGCUCCCCACACUGUCCCCAUCACCCCUCCUUGCUGUCACCCUUCCCAAACCCAGGUUCCCUCUCCUGGGGCUGGCAGGGAGGAGACAGGGGGUAAAUCCCCCCACAGGGCUGGCUGCGGUGGGGCAGCUGGUGGUGGCAGGAGCCCCUUAGUGACAAGGCCGUGGGGUGGGGGGGGGGGGAGUCACACCUCCCCUCCUGGUUUCAGGCACCCAGGGCACCCGAGGGCUCACCCCGCUGCCGGGAUGGGGAGGCCGGGGGCACCCCGAGGCAGCAGCACCCAAGCCCUGGCAUGUUUUGGGCUUCCCUCCCAUCGGGUGGGUGCCGUGGGGACCCCCCCGCCCCCCCAGUUCCCCUGACAAAGGGC